AUGGCAUCAGCUAAUUGCUUGAGCUAUUUGGAUGGCCGCGCGUUUUUAAUGAUGCGAUGUGGCGAGACAACAGAACGGAGCAAUGCCGGAGAGGACGAAGCAAGUCCAGAGGAGCUCGAGCUGGAGCACAGAACCUCGGCUGCCGUGACACAUGCUCUGCCUGAGGAAGUUGCUGCCAUUGCUGCCGUCGAGCAGCUCCGUCAGUUGCUAGGACCCCAUCUUCGCGAUGUCGAAAGGCUGCGGACAGGAGGGCGGCAAAUGGGAGUUUUCCUGGACGGCCUUCACGUGACCUUCGUUUGCCCUGGAUCUGUCGCUGCGGAGGCUGGCCUGCUGGUGGGCGACACAUUCUGCAGGAUGGAUGAUUCGGAGAUCAUGCGACAGGAGGACCACUGA